AGGAUUUUGAUUCUACUUUCUUACCUCAAAGAUGUGUAAGAAAGUAUACAAAUCGUCCCAAAUCCGAUAUAAAUUCUUCUGAUGAUUCUGAAAUCGAAGCUAAUCAACCUUCAGAAUCUUCUGAAUUUACUACUGAAGAAGAUGAAAUUACAAGUGAAUCUGAUGAUGGUGAAUCUGAUGAUAAUGGUGAUUUUGAAACAUUUGAGGAUUAUGCAUCACCAAAUUAUGAGCCAUUUCGAGAUUCAUCAAAGUCUGCAACUGAGGCUUUGAUAAAGUUUAUAAAAUUGGUUUUGACAGAAAUCAGAGGUAACGAUUUCAAAGACUUUCCAAAUUUAAUGUUCUUAACAAAGAAGACGCUUGGAAUAAAAGACAGAUUUCAAUAUUUUGUUCCUU